AUGAUUAAACCAGAGGAAAAUGUAAAUAAUGAGAGUUUGGAAACCAAGGAUGUUUCUCGAUGGAAAAUAAUUUACCCUAAUUAUAUAAAUAAAAAAAAAAAAGUGAAAGAAGGAAGAAGAAUAAAUUUAAGUUAUUGUGUGGAUGAUCCUUCAAUUGAAGAAAUUGAAUUGGCAUGUAAAGAGUUAAACGUUUCUUAUUAUGUUGAAAAAAAAAAAUGUUAUCCAAGAGAUUGGCAAGUAGAAGGUAGAAUAAGAGUAAAAUUACCAAAUAUAGAAGAGCAAAUUUUAAAUAAGUUUGAUUUAAUGAAAAAAAUCGGAAUAAAACUACAAACAAUAAAGGUAAAUAAUGAAUCUAAUACAUCAACUAACCAAAAUAAUUUAACGAAGAAGAAAAAAAAAAACCAAAGAUAA